GACAGAACCAGACAGACAGAGAGAGAGAGAGAGACAGCCCCCGUCACGGCCAGAUCUCAACAACUUGCAACAGCUAUGGAAGGUGUAAGAAAGGUGAUGUGGCUGUUUCUGGUCCCUUGUCACGUCUUCAGCCGUGGUGCCGCACCCUCUGGGAACUGUACAGGCCUCUCGGAGAUCACCUUCCAGGACAUCAAAGACAGCAUCAACAAAAUGGAUCAGCUCAACGUCCUGUUUGAAAAGAUCGCAGAUUUGGAAGAACAGGUGACUACCCUGAAGAAAUACGUGCCGAAGAUCAUAUUCCAUGCCAAGGUGUCCGAUGGGAAGAACCCAGUUGCACAGAAACGUGUUGUCUAUGACCUGGUGACUAUAAACAAGGGCUCAGCGUACAACCCCAUGACUGGUUUCUUCACUGCUCCUUUCUCUGGUGUCUACCAGUUCACCUACUCGCUGCUGGCCCAGAUGACGGCCGAGCGCACAGCGGUGUACCUGAUGAGGAAUGAGGAGAACCAGAGCUACCUGCACAGCAUUCUGAAGAGUGGCCAGGCCCAGAGCACCAGCACAAGCACCAUCCUCUCCCUCAACAAGGAUGACCAAGUCUGGCUCAGGCUGGGAACAGGCUCAGCUUGGAGCGGCCUCGGAGCCUUGAACUUCCAGGGGCUCCUCCUGGAGGUGGAGGAGGACUGA